AUGAGCUACCAAUUCGACCCAUUGUACCAGUGGAUCAACAACCCUAACUUACCUUUGAACCCUUUACCCUCUGACGUUGAGUACGAAAUCGGCCUCGAAGAAGGCCGGGUACCUAAAGCCACUCUUGGACCUUGUGUUUUCAUCGACAGUCAUCAGAAAGCUGACCUUUUUUUCAAAAAGUUCCAGCCAAACAAUAUCAAUGAUGCAAGGAACUCCACUGCUCUUGUCUUCAUUGUAGACUUCACCCACAAGGGCCUCAAAUACAAGGAUGGACCUUUCAUGGUUGUCUUGGAUGAAAUGCGCAUGUUUCUGGUCUUGCCGGCUCCUCAUGCUACUUUCUACAUGCCUGAGAUCUUCAAUCAUCUUGAGCCUAAUCCUGACAGCUGGUGGAUUCAGGAGCAGGUGGAGAUGGACUUCUUCAACUACUACGACCAAAAGGCCGAGCACUAUGCUUAUUGCGAGGCACAGAGGCAAGCAGAAGAAGAAGCUAAGCAGGCAGCGAGAGAGGCAGCUGAAAGGGCCAAGCGGGCUAAGGCUGAAGACGAGGCCCGUGAAGCUCAUUGGAUGGCUGAAGCUGACGCUCUAAGGGCUCAACUCAAGGCUGAUGAGAAGGCUAAGGAAAUCCAAGCUGCCAUCAAAGCUGCCUACGAGGCUGAAGAACGAAUUGAAGUGGAAGCUGCUGCUAUGAGAGCUGCUCAAAACGAACUAGAUUAUAGUGACAGCGACUACUACAAUGACUAUGAUUCUGACGACUAUGACAGUGGUUCCGAUGAAGAAGACUACGAAGAAUACGAGCGAAAGAAGGAGGAAGCCUACAUCCUCUCUUUGACGGAUUUCAAUCCUUCUUUCGAACCUAAAAGCUGCUCAUCAUUACCUAAACCUAAUGACGCUGAGAAGCUCAAAAAUUUCUUGGAGGUGGGUCAAUUGUCCUAUCACUUCCACUUUGUGAGGCUCUUGCACCUCUUCAGGUAUGUUCCAUACCACUUAAAGAAACAAGAAAUCAUCACAGCAAUCUCGCUACAACUGACUCUAGCAGAUACCCUCAAGCCUAAGGUCACCGUUUUGGUGAUCGAGGAUGCAUUCGAGUCAUCGCUACUUCCAGCACGUAAAGAGUCUAUCGACCUUGAAACAAUUAAGGUGGAGGCUCGUAUUGAGGAGAAUCUUGACAAGCAACCGCCUAGUCAUAUGUUUUCGCUGUUGCUGCAAUGGGUUAAGCGAAAACUUAGCCACUUGAUGUCGCUGCUCCAGAAACUUGUGAUUCUGCUCUGA